CUUUGUAGUUUUCUCUCUAAUUAACUUCAUGGCAUCCUUGUAGUUUUCCUGAGUUCCCCGACCCUUCUUCCAGCACUCCUUAACUCUCUGUUCUUCCCUGAGUCCCAGUGGAAGCUUGCUGUUCACGCAGGCCAGCCUUCCCUGAACCAGCUUACGGCACAUUGCAAUGGGCUUCUGCUCCACCUCUAUGACCUCCUUCCUGAGGAACGUCCACCUUCCUGGCCUCCUUGGCCCCUCAGGACUGCCUCCCAAGGGAUUCUCUCCACCUGUGCUCCAAACUGACCAAAGCCUGUCCUUCACAAACCUAAGCUGUGGUUUUGCUGACCCCCUUCCUCCCUUCACUGAGAACUGAAAUCCAACUGUGUCACGGUCACGGUACCCAAGAUGGCCCCUGGCAACCUCCUCUCCCACCAGUGCUCCUCUGUUUGCAAACAGCAGAUCCCCUGGGACACCAUCCCUGGUGGGCUUUGCCUGCCAGCUGUGUCAGCAAGUUCUCUUCCACAUGCUCCUGGAAGCUCCUGGAGGGUCUCCUGUCUGCUGGGUGGGAUUCCAGCAGACACCUGGUAAGAUGAAGAUGUCACUGAGGACGUAGGCAGUGGAUUCUGUGGGGUCACCCAUCUAUCCGUAAUGCAAAUCCAUCACUCAGCACUGGUGAGGGAUGCCUGGAGGCUGGUUCUGGAAUCCCAGGAUGAGGGAGGCGUGUCCAUACUGAAGCAAGUCCGGCAAAAGGCCGCUAAGGUGAGAAGGGGACUGGAGCACAUGGUGCAUGACGAGAGGCUGGGAGGGCUCUGCUGACUUUUCUUGCACUAGAGCAGGCUGGGCUGUCUGGUCAGGCUGUGAAACACGUGGCUGAAGGUGGGUGGGUGAAGGACACAAGUGAGACUCUGCUGUGCUCAAUGCAGAGAUGGCAGGAGACACACUGGGCACACAUUGAAGUGUGGGAAGUUAGAAUGAAAGGAAGGGUGGUGAACCACUGGAUCAGGUAGCCCAGAGUGGUUGUGGAGUCCCUUUGCUGGGAGAAAAGUUGUCAGGAGUCCAUCCAUGGUGCUGCUGUGCAUGGAAGGAUUUGGGGAGAGGAGAAAGGUCAGGGGCACUACAGGGCAUCAUUUCUUACAGGCAGCUGAGAACAAAAUACUGAAAUUCCAUGAAUUAAGUGGCUUUACUGAUAAAGGAUGGAUUUUAUGAAUGUGCCAGCAUAUCUCAUGCUAGGGAAGGUCAGCCACCCCUGAUCACGGGGGCAAGGGGGAGCUGGCAUAGAAAGAGAGACACCUGAAUGUGGCAAAGUCCUUCAGUGAGGUCCCUGGAGUAAAGCAUUUGGUUAAAAGUGUGUGUUUCCAAGGGGGCAUUCUGUACUUAGGGCUUGGGGUGGGAGCAGGCAGCUCUAUGGAAGGCUCAGCUCAGCUAUCACAGCAGCCCCAGAAGCAGUGUGAGCAGUUGGACAUUUUAGCGAAGAAAGAGAAAACAAAACCAAAAUUUUUCCUGCCACAGACUAAAGUUGAAAGCUUAGUGACAGUGACAUUUGAAUUUCAUUGUUUUUUUCCAUGACUACUUUAUAUUUGGACGGGUUCUUUGCUGCACUAGGUACAGCCUUCUUAUGAGCAGCUCAUUGGAUAAAUGUCUGAUGUCACAUCCUUUAUCCAUUGUGUUUUUCCACGUAUUCAGACGUUUUCCCUUGUAAUUUCUUUUGAGAAAGAGGAAGUGCCCGAACAUAGAAUUGUAGGCGCACUCAGAGACACCUACCUCUUAAAGCUCUUCUCCAGCUGAUCUGUGAAUUCUGUGGUGUCUUGAAAGCUUGGAGAGAUCAUGAUGGCUGUCUCGGGAGAGCAUACUCUGGCUGGAGAAAGAAUGCUCAGGAUGCCCAGCUGCCUCCAAAAGCUGACCAGGGUGGUGCUCAGCCACAAGCCCUGGGCCCUGUUUAUCCUCAUUGCUGGCUUUGUAUCCUUUGCCUACACCAAGUUGUACUGGGGCGUCUGGGAGGACCCAAAGAGCAGAGCCCCCACCUACGGCUUGUCUGCUGAGAUCAGCUGUGCUCACUAUGUGCCUUCUGCCCUCGACAUUGCUGCUGGGUCCUCUCCUCCCACAGGAAACGUGUUUUUUGUGGAGACCUCAGAGCAAACUUCCCCAAGUUACCUGUUCUCGUGCUCUGUGGAGUCAGUGGCCAGGAGACACCCCACGUCAAGAGUUGUGGUGCUCAUGAAAGGCUUGGCCAAAGGGAACACCUCCUUACCCGAGCACUGGGCUUUCUCCUUGCUGAGCUGCUUCCCCAACGUGGAAAUCCGGCCCCUGGACUUGACAGAGCUCUUUUCUGGAACACCUCUGGCACUGUGGUUCUCACAGCCUCAGCGGCAACAGGAGCCUCAUUUUUUACAUGUUCUCUCUGAUGCCUGCAGAAUCGUCCUCAUGUGGAAAUUUGGUGGCAUCUACCUGGAUACAGACUUCAUUGUGCUGAAGAACUUAGAGAACCUCACCAAUGCCCUUGGGAUUCAGGAUGACCAUGAACUGAAUGGGGCCUUUCUGUCCUUUAAGGCCAAGCACAAAUUCAUGGAGCUUUGUAUGCAGGACUUUGUGCAGAAUUACAAUGGCUGGGUCUGGGGGCACCAGGGCCCAGGGCUCCUAACUCGCGUCUUCAAGAAGUGGUGCUCCCUCGGGACUCUCAAGAGUAUGAACUGCAAAGGUGUGAGUGCUCUUGCCCAAGAAGUUGUUUAUCCUAUUCCCUGGCAGGACUGGAAGAAGUUGUUUGAGGCAGUCAGUGCCUUAGAGCUUGAGAAACUCCUUAAGAACACCUAUGCAGUGCACAUUUGGAACAAACUGAGCCACGGGACCAAGUUAGAGAUCCCCUCCCAGGCUCUGCUGGCUCAGCUCUAUGCCCAGUUCUGCCCUGCCACCUAUGCAAAGAUGAAGCAGGACUCUGAAGAGGUGUCCAGGCGUGCAGUGUGACCUGGAGCCCUUGGCUGCAGGGAUGUUCCCCAGGCGGAAGGAAACCGAGUGCCUUUGACCUCCCCCUGAGUUGGUUUUUAGUCCCCAGAGCCAGUGUUCUGUGUGACAGCUCUGUGGUUUUGAAACUGAUAUUCCUGAUAUCUGACUCAGAUCCUUUGUGUUUCAAAUUUACAGCAGAACCUGGCUUCAGCCUCUCUUGCUGUCCUUCAGGGCCAGGGAAAUGUUUAACUCAUUCAUCGCAUCCCUUGGCUGGUGCUCUCUUGCUGUUCUCCAGUGGUUCGUCCUGUGAAUCCCAGCCUGAGCAGCCCCUUGUGAUGAUUCAACUGCUGUAAGAGCCUCUGUUUAGCUCUCCGUGGCAUUUGAAAUUUUCACAGAAUAUUCUGUGUUGGAAGGGACCCACAGCCAUCCUGGGUCUAACCCCUGGCCGUGCCUGGGGACAGGACACUCUAACAAUCACGCCCUGCGCAUGCGAUGCCAUCCUUGGGGCCGUGACCAUUCCCUGGGGAGCCUGUUCAGUGCCCCAGCACCCUCUAUGGGAAGAACCUUUUCCUGAUAUCCACCCUAACCCUGUCCUGACACAGCUCCAGCCGUGCCCUCAGCUCCUGUCCCUGGUCACACAGAGCAGAGAUCAGAGCUGCCCCUCCUCUUCCCCUGGUGAGGAAACUGCAGAACUGCUGUGAGCUCUGACCUCAGUCUGCUCUUCUCCAGCUGAACACACCAAGUGCCCUCAGCUGCUCCUCGUGUGGUUUCCCCUCCAGGCCCUUCACCAUCUCCAAAACCCUACUUUGGACACUCUAACAUUUUUAGAUUUUUCUUAUACAAAGUAUUCAGUAUUCAAGGUGAGGCCACCCCAGCCCAGAGCAGAGCGGGACAAUCCGUCCCUGCCCUGGCUGGCCAUGCUGGCUCCACGUCACUGCUGGCCCCUGUCCAUCUGGCCACUGACCAGGACCCCCAGGUCCCUUUCCACAGCACUGCUCUCCAGCCUCUCAUUCCCAGUCUGCCUGUACAUCCAGGGCUGUCCUGUCCCAGGGGCAGAAUCCAGGCCUUGGCUUUGUUAACUUCACCCACUUGGUGAUUGCCCAGCCCUGUCAUUUAUCCAGGGCUCUCUGCAGGGUCUCUUUGCCCUUGAGGAAGUCAGCAGCUCCUCCCAGUUUUGUAUUUGUAUCUGCAAGCUUACUUAGUAUCCCUUCCUGUCCUGCAUUCAAGCUUUUUAUGAGGAUUUUUGAGAGCACAGGGCCUAAGAGGCGCCCUGUGGAACCCCACAAGUGAUAGGCUACCGGACUGCUGUCACCCAGGUACUGUCAUUCUGUGUGCUUGACCUGUGAGCAAGUUGCUCAGCCAUCACAAAAUGUGUUUAUCCAGCUGUGGGCUGCACACUGAGAUAGACGGUAUCCAGAGCUUUACUGAAAUCCAAAAAGAUUACAUCUACCGAUGUUUUCUGAUCCACUGGGUGGGUUAUCUUAGCAUAAAAGGAAAUUAUUUUUGAAAAGCAGGACCUUCCUCUCAUGAAGAUGUGCUGGUUGCGACCAAUGACUGUGUUGUCCUUCAGGUGUUUUUCAAUACAUCCCAGAAUAAUCAUAAUCAUCUCCAUAAUUUUACCAGGCACUGGAGUGAGACUGACAGGCCUGUAGCUUCCAGGGUCAUCCUUCUUGCCCUCUUUGAAAACUGGGAUCUCUCCAGAUUCUCAAGACUGUUAGAAAAUUAUCAAGAGACGCUUCACGAUGAUAUGAGCCAGAUCUUUAUGGAUUCUCAGAUUAAUCCUGUCAUACCCCAUAGACCUAUAGGGAUCCAGCUGGAGCAGCAUAUCCCUCACACCUUCAGGGUUAACUCAUUGUUUAUCAUUGUCAUAGUCACAGUCCUCUAGCUCAGGGUGCUGGGACCUCUCUAGUCCUUCAUCAGUGCUGAAGACAGAGGAAAUGAAAGCAUUAAACAUCUCUGCCUUGUCCAUGGCCCUGUUUGUGAGGUGACCAUCCUCAUCCUGUAAUGGGCUGACGUCAUUUCAGCACUGCCUUUUACCAUUAAUGUAUUUUUAAAGACAUCUUUUUAUUGUCCCCAGCAUUUCUGGUGGCUUCAAAUGUAAUGGAGCUUUGGCUACACAAAUUCUCCCGCUACAGUGGUGAGCAGGAUCUCCGUAUUCCUUCCACAUCACCUGACCUUGCUUCCACUGGGCAUACACCUUCUUUUUUUACCUUAUCUCCAAAAGAAGAUUCCUGUUCAGCCAAGGUGGCCUUCUGCUUCAUCUGCUUGAUUUCCCAUUUUAAGGAAUUGCCUGUUCCUGUGCCCUCGGGAGCUGGUGCUUAAAAAGUGACCAGCACUGAUGAACCCCAGAACCUUUAAAACCAUUUUCCCAGGUGUGUUGGUUCUCAAAUCAAAUCUCAAAUUUUGAGGAAAAAAAAUAUCUCUUUUUUUUUUUCUCAAAAUCUCAAAUUCAAGAUCUGAAAAAUCUCAAAUUGAUGAACCAAAACCACUACACCAUGGGACUUUUCUUACUGGUUCCCUGAGCAGCUGAAGUCCCUCUUCCCAUGCCCAGGGUUGAAGUUUUGUUGGCACUUUUCCUCCUGUCACAGGAGAUUUUAAACUUGAUGGCUUCAUGGUCGUUGUGGCCAAGACAGCCAUCAAUCUCCACUCAAGAGGAUCACAAGCUCCACUGUAUUGACAGGCAAUAAAUCAAGGAGGGGGGGUAUCUUUCUGAGUCAGCCCUCUUAGUACCUGUAGCAUGAAGUUGUCAUCCAGGUGUUUCAGGAAUGCAAAGGGAGUAUAUGAAAAUUGUGUUAAAGAAACAAAAAAUAUUUUAAGGCUUGCUGUGGAGCUGAUGGUCAUCUCCCCAUCUAAAUGUGUUCCCUGUGUGUCCAGGUCAUUGUAUUGUAAUAAUGCAUUUGAAAUUAACCUCUUAUGAAAUAAGAAGAGGAGACUAAAACAUCCUGGAAUUCUGCCUGUGCCAAAUCAAAGCUUCUGUCUGGAAGGUAAAGUGUAAGCAAUGUGUGAUUAUUGCUCUUUUAGAUAUGCAGUGACUAACAAAUAAGAGAAAGAUGUAUAUCAAUUUUAAUAGAAUCUUUUCCUAAAUGCCAUUUUUUGCUGAAAAGUACAGUGCUACCACGCAGAAGGGAAGACUGAUGUAAUUUAGAUGUAAAUUUAAUGUUAGCAGGAGUAUGUUUCAUGGUUUCUCAGACAGUGUCACAGCACACUACUUAUUAAACACUCCAUUGCAGACCAAAA